UCUCUUUUCCCUCCAGUCCCGCCUUCCUCGUGCUCCUCUCGGAGUGCCCGGCACAGCGACGGAUUGCUUCUCCUCCGCUGCUUCAGUCAAUUUCCCUCUCAGCAACGGCAGACAAGACAGCGGGGGCGGCGAUGGCCGCGGCGUGGGAAGCAUCUCGGCUGCUGCCGCGCUUCCCGGGCUAGAGCCGGGGUCCAGCUUGCCUGCGGUGCCCCAGGGCACCCGUGCCCCCACCUCUGCUUGCUUCUCUCUGAAGAGGGCGGGGAGUCUUGCAGGAUCCCGUCGCUCCUCCACCUUGAUCCUCGGAGUGCCCUCCCCAGAGGGAGGCGCUCUCCCGGGCUCUUGCCCUGCAGACCUUCACCGCCGAGGGGUGCCCCAGGGACGUAGCGUUGCGAAGAGAAGGCUAAAGGGACCAUGCGGCGCCUGUCUCGCCGACUGGCGCUGCCGAUCUUCGGGGUGCUCUGGAUCACGGUGCUGCUGUUCUUCUGGGUAACCAAAAGGAAGUUGGAAGUGCCGACGGGACCUGAAGUGCAGACCCCCAAGCCUUCAGAAGCUGACUGGGAUGACCUGUGGGAGCAGUUUGAUGAGCGGCGGUAUUUGAACGCCAAAAAGUGGCGUGUUGGUGAUGAUCCCUAUAAGCUGUAUGCUUUCAACCAGCGGGAGAGCGAGCGGAUCUCCAGCAAUCGGGCUGUCCCGGACACUCGCCAUUUGAGAUGUAAUCUGCUGGUGUAUUGUACAGACCUUCCACCCACCAGCAUCAUCAUCACUUUCCAUAAUGAAGCUCGCUCCACCCUGCUCAGAACCAUUCGAAGUGUGUUAAACCGCACCCCUAUGCAUCUGAUCCAGGAAAUCAUAUUAGUGGAUGACUUCAGCAGUGACCCGGAUGACUGCAAACUGCUGAUCAAGCUUCCCAAGGUGAAAUGCGUCCGCAAUAAUGAGCGACAAGGUCUGGUCCGAUCUCGAAUUCAGGGUGCUGGCAUUGCCCAGGGCACCACUCUUACUUUCCUCGACAGCCAUUGUGAGGUGAACAGGGACUGGCUCCAGCCCCUGUUACACAGGGUCAAAGAGGACUACACUCGGGUAGUGUGCCCAGUGAUUGAUAUCAUCAACCUGGACACAUUUAACUACAUUGAGUCCGCCUCGGAGCUGAGAGGGGGUUUUGACUGGAGCCUCCAUUUCCAAUGGGAGCAGCUCUCCCCAGAGCAGAAGGCUCGACGUCUGGACCCCACUGAGCCCAUUAGGACGCCAAUCAUAGCCGGAGGGCUCUUUGUGAUUGACAAAGCCUGGUUCGAUUACCUGGGGAAAUAUGAUUCGGAGAUGGACAUCUGGGGUGGGGAGAACUUUGAAAUGUCCUUCAGAGUGUGGAUGUGUGGUGGCAGCCUAGAGAUCAUCCCCUGCAGCAGAGUCGGUCAUGUCUUCAGGAAGAAGCACCCAUAUAUUUUCCCGGAUGGAAACACCAACACUUAUAUAAAGAACACCAAGCGGACAGCUGAAGUAUGGAUGGAUGAAUACAAACAAUACUAUUAUGCUGCACGGCCUUUUGCCCUGGAGAGGCCCUUUGGGAACAUUGAGAAUAGAUUGAGCCUGAGGAAGAAUCUGCAGUGUGAGAGCUUCCAGUGGUACCUGAAGAAUGUCUACCCAGAACUCAGUAUCCCCAAGGACUCCUUGAUCCAGAAGGGCAAUAUUCGGCAGAGGCAGAAGUGCCUAGAGACACAAAAGCGGAAAAACCAAGAGAUCCCAAACCUAAAAUUAAGCCCCUGUAUCAAGAUCAAAGGCGAGGAAGCAAAAUCGCAGGUGUGGGCCUUCACAUACACCCAGCAGAUCCUCCAGGAGGAGCUGUGCCUCUCAGUCAUCACCUUCUUCCCUGGCGCCCCGGUGGUUCUUGUGCUUUGCAAGAAUGGAGAUGACAGACAGCAAUGGACCAAGACUGGUUCCCGCAUCGAGCACAUGGCCUCCCACCUCUGCCUGGACACUGACAUGUUUGGUGAAGGUACUGAGAAUGGCAGGGAGUUCGUCGUCAACCCUUGUGAGUCCUCUCUUAUGAGCCAGCACUGGGACAUGGUGAGUUCCUAAUGGGGCCUCGCAGAACCAGCGUGGUCUAGGGGUGCUUCCCAGACAAGAAAAGAAGCAGACUGGAAAUGAGGUUGUGAGUAUCCCGUGACUACUCCAGACAUCCUGAACUGGGAGGCAGAGGCAAAGCCACCUAGGACAGGAGCAGUUGUCUCAGGCGGGAUGAAGGGAAAGAUUGCAAGCCACAUGGGGCUCAGAGACAAACCCCACAAGUUCUCAGUGUGUUCAAUUCCAGUCCUGGCCAUGUUUCCCAACUGGUAUCUGGAGACAAAUAUCUAAUGGAAAGUGUGUGUGUUGUUCCCUAGCUUACAAAGGAGGCACUUGGGGGAGGCCAGAGACAGAAGCAUUCAUUGUCACCAGGCCAGGAUUAUACUGAGCAAUGAAGAAUGGAAGUUGUUUUCCAAACAAAUAAAGACAACCUUAGUCUCUGCAUAUCUGUUCCUUUUUUCUACUUAUGUUAGCUCUGGGCUAAACUAAGUUCUCCAUCUCAUAGGGUGGGAGUGUGCAUGGGUGGGGACCUUGUGGCAGAGUGGACAAAGGAGAAGAAAGAGGCAGAGAAAACAUGUGUUUUUGUCCUGGCUCUGCCACUGACUAGGUGAUCUUAAAAAGGCAUGGAACUUCUCUGGCAUCCAUGUCCUAUUAUGUUAAGUGGGGGAACAGGGCUAGAUCAGUAGUUCUUACGCAGGGAUACACAAUGUGACUCAUCUGGGGAAAUUUCAUCUAAAAUAGAUGCUGUGAGGCCUACCUGUGGUGAUCCCAAUUCAGUAGGUCCAGGGUAGGGCCCAGGUCCCUCAGCUGAUUCUUGACAUCACUGCCUGG